AUGACAUCAGAUGAGGUGGCUGUAGUCUGCGUCGACGGUUGCUAUGCAUCUUUGGAAAGCGCCAGAACGGUCAUUGCAGCUGCGUGCACACUCGAUACCGAUGUUAUUGUGACUGAGAAUGUCGCAUAUCCAGCUACCUUCAUCGUGGACAACUAUCUGUUCACCUACCAAGUCUCCUGCAGGACGGACAGCUCGACGGGCGAGUACUGCGAUCCACAGAUCGCGUCAUGGUCCAACCAAACCCUAACCACGGACCAGAAGUGCUCGGAUUGCUGGCUGGGUGGUCUUGCUCUGCAGCUAGGCAACCCCCUGGGCUAUGAUGACAGCUUGGCAACCAAUUAUGCGUCGUUGAUUUCCAGCUGCAAUGCCACUGCGUAUAGCUAUACGGCACCCACACAGUAUGCGAUCAAUGCAACCGCAACGGCUACUCCGACGGCUGUCACGACAACCGCAGCACCCGAUUGCACUGGAGCCUACACGGUUCAAGCGACGGAUGACUGCAACUCGGUCGCGGAGGCCCUGAACGUGUCCACGUACAGUCUUCUGUGCAGCAACGGGCUUGAUCUCUACUGCCAGAAUUUCGCCGCUGCCGUCAACUCGAGCUUGUGUAUCCCGCCGCAAUGCAGCACUUAUGUCUGGCAAUUGACGGACGAUUGUAACAGCGUUGUUAGUGAGCUCUCGAGUGUGACUGUUCCCCAGUUCUUGUCCUGGAAUCCGAACUUCAAUUCCCUUUGCCAGAACGCUGUGAAUUACGUUGGAUAUGCGGUGUGCAUUAGCCCACCAGGAGGAUACCUCAACCACACCACGGACAUGACAAGCAACUCGACUUCACCAACUAAUAUCACCACUGCCGCGGCUGUGCCAACGAACGCUGUUAAUGGCACUAACACGGACUGCGGUGCAUGGUAUACUUCUGUGUCUGUGGCUAACGAAAUCUCUCUCACGGACUUCUAUUUCCUGAACCCGGAGAUCGACGACGACUGCACGAACCUGAUCCUUGGCGAGGCUUAUUGUGUGGCGGCCGUGGGUUCCAUCACUACAUACGUCAACUAUCCCGUUACAACGCCUCUCUUCACAGUAACUUCAGCCACCUUCGCUUCCGUUGACACAUCAAUUCCCACCACCACCAACGACCCAGGGUAUAUCUACGUCCCAACAUACCUCCCGACUGCGCCCGACACGCUCACAGACUGCGUGGCAUAUCGCGACUACUCCAACACGUUUUCCAAUUCCUGCAUUUAUAUUUCGUUUGCAUUCCAUGUCACCACUGACCAGCUGAUGGAGUGGAAUCCGAGUCUUUCAACCACUCUAAGCACCUGUGCCUUGCAGCCUGGCUACAGCUACUGUGUCUUGCAGAGUGAUGGCUCCACAACCACGGACGACGACUCCACCAGCUUCUGCCUGGGCAUCAACGCCACGGAGUCCACCACCGUGUCAAACUGUAACUGCUUCAACCAAGUCUAUGGCUACAUGAGCGAUGGUAAGCAUCCCCCGAAAAAAGAAAUAAGUUGA